AAAAGCUUAACUUGGACUAGUCCAUUCAGAAUAUGGCCGUUCAGCUUUCCGACCUAAUUGAAGUUAGAGUUUCUUGUGAAGGUAAUUGUCUGUAAUUAUGAUCUCGCUCACCGAUCUGUUACAUGACAACAAUUACAGUUAUCUUAACGCCGAGUUUUUAAAGAAAACCCUGGAUGAUGCUAUGAAUAAUGAAAUGUCCAUGGACUUUGAGGAGCUGAUAAAUUCAAUGGGGGCAUCUCAGCAAUCCGUGGAGUACCAUCCAAGUGAAUAUAGCUAUCCAGAAAAAGAACCUCUUGAAAUUGUUAAAAGUCAACAGAUUGUAUCAGAUGAAUUUGAUGCACAAAUAAACAUAGAAACUACAAAUGAACAACCAUUAAUGAAUAUGGAUGCUACACAAAUUGACCUUGAUCAGUUUUUGGGAAUGUUGGGAGAAAUGACUUCCUCCUCAAAUGAUCACCAGACUUCAAACUCAGAACAGAGAGAGACACCUUCUCCUAUGUCUAAUACCAGUAUGCCUGUCUCACAAGCUUCGCCACCCGAGGACCUCAAACCAAAAGAACAUAAGUCAACUACUAAACAUACCACCAACAUUCCACGACAUUUAAGAGAGUCACAUAUUAGAGCAGAAAGGAAAAGGCAAUCAAAAAUUAAGGGAGCCAGGGAACAGUUGAAGGAAUUACUUGGGUUACCCAGAGCUAGUGAAAAUAAAAUUGUAGAAAAAGCUGUGGAACGAUGUCAGUCCCUAAAGGCCGAACUGGUCAGGCUGGACAAAGAGUCCUCUAGGCUUAAAACGGAAAAGGAGGCUUUAAUUGCUGACAUAGACAUGUUCCAAAGAAACCUACCAGCCACUGGUGUUGUGCCCUUAACUUGCGGAACCAGUCUUACUGGACUGUAUGAAAAGCACAUGGCUGUGCGAACACAGAAUGACCCCAAGUAUAGUGUUUUUGAACGAUUUAUGAAACCUUUGUUUCAAUCUUAUAUUGACCAUGUAGGUAACACAACAUCAAGUAAAGAAUUUCAAGAUGGGGUGCUAGUCUGGAAUAAACAGAAUCUCACUUUAUCAUUUCUCAGACCUGUGAUAUCCGAUGGAUUAUUAGAUUUGGUAAGAAACUCCAACCUAUCAAUGCAUGGGCCAGUUAUAAAAGCAUCCACCAAAAGACAGUCAUAGCAUUUACAUCAGAGUCUGUUAUAAUUUAAUCAAAAGAUCUAUCAUUUUUACUCACCUCAUUGUUUCUUCAUCUUCAUUGCAUCAAGUUCAUCUGAUGAAUGUACUUGAAGAUUUUUUGUAAAAUAAACCAUAUCAUUUUAUUGAGAUUUUUUUUAACAAUAAUAUAUAUAGGAGUUAGUCUUCUUUUUUUUGACAAUUGUAUAUGGAUCCUUUAACAAGUUUAAUUAAAAAUUCUAUCAGAUAGUUUUUAUGGUAUUAAUAGGAAACGUUUGGGAUCCCAGUAAAAAUAUACAUUAAUACAAAGUAAAAUUAGACCGACUUGUGCUUUGUAAAGUAUUAGUUUCAUUCCUUGCCUGUAAUUUUAUCAAUCAGGAUAUUCCUUUCGUAAUGUCAUCAGUUCUGGAAUUAAGUCAAAGGAUGCUCAGAAUAUUCAAAAAUUUACAUGUGACAAAAUGCUCAACUAUUUUUGUACAUAUUAUUAUUAUUAUAUAUCUCCAGGAAUUGAAGAACAUAGUAUUUGUGUAUCUAUUUUGUACAUAAUGUUAAUCAAAAAUAUGAAUAUAUUCAAAAGAUUUUUUGUUCUUGGUUUUUCCAUAAUGUCUAGAUUUUGUUGUAAAAAUAUGUGAUAGUAUUUGGAUUUACAGGAUGAAUCAAAUAUAAAUGAAUAAAAAUGUAUUGUGGUUA